CUCUCGAAAACAUCAUUAUUUGGCAGCGCUGCGUUGGAGCUACAGUUUUUUCGUGUGUUUCCCUCUUGAAGAUAAUUAAAAAUUAAUUAUUUGACUUAUUAUUAAGUUUUGUGGCUGAUGGUGUUGUAUGUUGUUGUUGCAUUGAGGCAAGAAGAGCGUAACCGCAAUACGGAUUCGGCGGAAGAAAAUCCGAUCUGAUGUGUAGAUCCGUAUACACCAUGCCCGUCUAUUAGAUAAACCUCUUCAUGUGUUGCUGCAGGUGGCAGACGAAGUUUGUUGGGCAAUCCCAGUUGUCGGCAGUGAGACCCAUGUGAAAUGCCUUAUGAAAAAUUCAACAAAAAGCGCCGACAAUGGGAGGAUAGUGGUGUACUAGAGCUGAUUAAACUAUGGAAAGUCUGCGCCUAUGAGCUGCGCACCAUCAAACGCAAUGGCCAUCUGUAUGUGGCUAUGGCCAAGCAGCUAACCUCACUGGGUGUCCCUGUUACUGCACUCGAGGUCCACUUCAAAGUCAACAAUCUAACACAACGUUACAGACAGGAGCAAAAGACAUUCGAAACCACUGGCAUUAUCAGCACCUGGAAGUUCUACAGUCAAGUCGAUGAUGUUUUCAAAAGUCUCGCUGCACACACCGGUUACAAAGAUAAACGAAUGACGAGCGCGUCGAAUACCAGCAGUUUACCCUCUACAUCUGAAUCACCAGUUUGGAAAAAUCCAAUGUCGCAACAAGAGUUUAAUAGUAACAACACGGAGGGGUUCUAUAAGACCGAGUACGGGAUGCAUCGGCACUUUAUGGACCACUCCCAGCCGCCUCCCAAUGCCGGGAAUGUGGACAACUUUAUGUCGUCCUCGGCUGCUGUGGCAGCAGUGGCCGCAGCUGCCUCUGCCCGGCUGGCGGACAACAACAUGGACCAGCAGAUGAACACCGCCGCUGGAGGUAGCGGGGCUAGUGGAGGAGGCGGCGGCAAUACAAAUGGGGGCGUGAGCAACUAUCAGAAGAUCAAAAAAUCCCACGAAGACUACGACAAGUUCGUUGACAUAGUUAAGAAUAUAGUGGACACCCAUAAGAGUACACCCGAUAAGGUGGACACUUUCGGUGACUUCAUCAAGUCGUACAUGAAGCGCUGGCCGGAGCGGUUACAGGACGAGGCCAUCAACCACAUCACAAACUACGUGAUUGUCAAAAACAUGGAGCAUAGUAUUGCCAGUAGCCACAAUCCGGAGGGGGUGAACAACCGGCAAUAACAAUACAAGCAGGAGCCCAGCAAUUGAGCUAGUUGUUGGACAGGGUAGCUCCAAUCCCAGGAACAAAAAAUCGUAGGCGCAACUGGACAGAAGGCGAAGAUUACUUAAGGUGGCACGAAGUUACUUAACCGCAUCUGCGUUGUGGCCCAGCUAAUUGGACAUACACACGGCAUACAGUAUUUUUUGUAUAGUUAAAAUAUACAACGGAGUUUUAGUUCUCUGUGACCGCUUCUCCUCGAUAUCGAAUUGACUUCGCUAUCGGGAGGCGGAAACAAUCGUACAUAGAGAUCCUAGAGUACAUUACGUUUAGAAACCAUUUCCUACUGUUAGCUGUAAACUAUUAUACAUAAAUUAAUAAACGCUUUAACGAUUA